AUGGAUGAAACCUCUUCCAUUGACUAUCUAUCUACCAAGGUGAAUGCGUUAUCUCAAAGACUUGAUCGCAUGAGCACUAGUGCUAGCACACCUACCUUCUCACCUCCUUGUGAAGCAUGUGGCCUAUCUAGUCAUUCUAGCACCGAUUGCAACCUAAGUAGUGUUGAGCAGUUAAAUUUUGUUCAGAAUGGCCAAAGACUCCAAGAGCUCAAGGAUCAAACUAGACUUUUGAACAACUCUCUUGCUACUCUUACAACAAAGGUAGACUCCAUCUCAUCUCACAACAAAACUUCUGAAACUCAGCUCUCCCAGGUAGUUCGUAAGGUUGACCACCCCAAUAAAAUGAAUGCUGUUACGCUUAGGAGUGGUAAGCCACUCGAAGACCCCAUAAGGAGAACCAAAACCGAUGACAGUGAGAAAGAAAUAUGCGAACCACCAUCUAGGGAAACCAGGGCAGAAAGAGAAGAACCACGAGUUGAGGAAAACACACCACCUCCCUUUAAGCCAAAAAUUCCCUUCCCACAAAGGUUUGCCAAAUCAAAGCUAGAUGAGCAAUUCAAAAAGUUCAUAGAAAUGAUGAACAAGAUAUAUAUUGAUGUGCCAUUUACCGAAGUCCUAACCCAAAUGCCUACUUAUGCUAAAUUUUUGAAAGAAAUCCUUUCUAAAAAAAGAAAGAUUGAGGAAGGUGAGACGGUUAACCUUAUGGAAGAAUGUAGUGCCAUCAUCCAAAAUAAAUUGCCACCAAAGCUUAAAGAUCCAGGCAGUUUUUCCAUACCUUGUGUCAUAGGGUCGGAAGUUGUGAAGAAAGCUAUGUGUGAUCUAGGAGCCAGUGUCAGCCUAAUGCCCUUAUCCCUUUAUGAGAGGUUGGGAAUAGGGGAACUUAAAUCAACAAGGAUGACCCUACAACUAGCGGACCGUUCUGUUAAGUAUCUAGCUGGAAUCAUAGAAGAUGUCCCCGUUAAGGUAGGAGAGGUAUACAUCCCCGCCGAUUUUGUUGUAAUGGAAAUGGAGGAAGACAAUCAAGUACCAAUUCUUUUGGGAAGACCUUUCCUUGCUACUGCAGGAGCUAUCAUUGAUGUAAAAAAGGAUAUAGUCGACCAUUGCGUUAAAGAGUGCUCUUUAGCAUCAACUACACAUGAUGGUUUGGAAGUAUGCUUAGUAAACAAUGCAGGUACAAAACUGGAAGGGGAGGCAAAAGCUUAUGAAGAGUUGUUGGAUAUAACUCCUCCAAUGAAAGGUCUAAGUGUGGAGGAGUUAGUAAAAGAAGAACCAGCACUUCUACCCAAGGAAGCACCGAAAGUAGAACUUAAAACACUUCCAUCAAAUCUAAGGUAUGAAUUCUUGGGCCCUAACUCUACCUAUCCUGUUAUUGUAAAUGCAAGUCUCGAUGAAGUAGAAACUGAAAAGUUGCUUUAUGUCCUCAAGAAAUAUCCUAAAGCUAUAGAUUUUGUUAACUUUCUUGCAGCAGGAGUACUACCGCCUGAGUUAAGCUACCAACAAAAGAAGAAAUUCUUCAAUGAUCUCAAGCACUACUAUUCGGACAAGCCCUACCUCUUCAGAAGAGGCUCAGAUGGGAUUUUGAGGAGAUGCAUUCCUGAAAACGAGGUAAGUGUCCGAGAUUGA